UUAAUGAUAAAGAACAUUCCAAAUAAGGUUGACCAAGAGAUGUUGAAACAAUAUAUUGAUGUGACUAAUAAGUAUACUUAUGAUUUUCUUUAUUUGAGAAUUGAUUUUUUGAAUCAUUGCAAUGUUGGAUAUGCGUUUAUUUCGUUUACAAAAGCUGAGCAUAUUAUUACGUUUGCUAAAGCGAGAGCAGGAAAUAAAUGGAACCGAUUUAAUUCCGAGAAGAUAUGUGAUAUUUCGUAUGCUAAUAUUCAAGGUAAAGAGAAGUUGAUUGAGAAAUUUCGAAAUUCAAGUGUUAUGAAUCAAGAACCUGGGUAUAGACCGAAACUUUAUUAUACAGAGGGAAGAUUGAAGGGAGAAGAAGAGGAGUUUCCGGGGCCCAAUAACAUUGACAAGCAUAUUCGAUCGUUGGCUAAUAUUGAA